ACGAGCGCGCGGACACACCGGACACCUGCCACAGCAGAGCGGAAACACGACCGACAUUUCAUUCAUAUUUUGUUUCCUUGCUUCUUAUACGACUUGUCUUGUGUAUUUUUUUUUAUUUUUUUUGUAUAUGCAUUUGCACGGAUUUGAUUCAUCACAUUUGUGCAAUAAACUGCAUAUAAAAAAGGAUGCCUUGUGGAAACGGGCUGCACUGAUACUAUUCCUUAUUACGCUUUGCUGUGUUUUUUUUCUUCUUCUUCUUCUUCUUCUUCUUCUUCUUCCUCAGUGUUAUGAAGGGCAGCACCGGAUUUAUAGCUCGCCACCUUUAAAACAUUUUGCCUCUAGGUGUGCAGGACGAUGCGCUGAUUGAUCUAAAAUCAUGUUCAUGCGUAAUAACAUGAACUGGACGCAAAAGAAGAACCAGAGCUAAGAUCCUAACAGCGCGGAUUACACUUUGAUAUGAAAGCAGAUGCGUAUCCAAGGCGCACCGCGUGUGUUUUCGUUUCAGCAUCCUUAGAUCACCGGUAUUGUGGCACUCGGAUUGAUUAAAAACUAGCCGCCGUGUUGUUCAGAUCAAAAUGAUCCUGUUCCGUAAAUUCCGCGUGUUGCUUCUCAUGGUUUUUCUCGUAGCCUGCACCAUGCACAUCAUGAUAGACUUGCUGCCCAAACUGGAGAAAAGAGCAGCAGGAGCGGACUCUGGAAACUCGGGCUGUUCUUGCGCACACGAGCCGAGCGAGGCGCCUCGCGGCCGGGGAAAGCAGCAGGCGCAGCCGCAGCAGCAGCGCGCGAGAUCUGGUGCACCUCCGGAAGCAAGCUGGCCCAACAAGCACACGCUCAGAAUUCUACAAGAUUUCAGCCAAGAGCCCAACUCGAACCUCAGCUCACAGUCUCUGGAGAAAGCGGCGGCCACCGGUGACAAAACGGAUCUGAUCCGAGGAGUGAAGCAGCGCGCGGCGGAUUCCGUGAGCCAGAGGAGUCUGAUGAAGGACGCGGCGAGUGGAAUCAGGCAGUCUAACAGAGGAGCCUCCAGACUCGCAGCUCUCUACCAACACCCGCUGUAUAAAAGUGAGCUGCCACCGCUCACCGACGACGACACGCUGUUUAACGUCAAUACCGACAUGCGGAUUUAUUCCAAAGCCACUGGAAACCAAGAAUGGCACCAUGAAGGAAAUGAAGAAGAGGAGUACAACCCGACCGGGGAGGCCACUGCUGAGUCGUACCCCAACUGGCUUCGCUUCCACAUUGGGAUUAACCGCUAUGAGCUUUACUCCAGACACAACCCUGUACUUGAGUCUCUGCUCAAAGACCUGCAGUCCCAGAAGAUCACAAGCGUAGCUAUGAAGUCUGGUGGCACUCAGCUGAAACUCAUCAUGACAUUUCAGAAUUAUGGCCAAGCUCUCUUCAAGCCGAUGAAGCAAACCAGAGAGCAAGAGACCCCACCAGACUUUUUCUACUUCUCUGACUUUGAGAGGCACAACGCUGAGAUUGCAGCAUUUCAUCUCGACAGAAUUCUGGAUUUCCGACGGGUUCCACCAGUGGCUGGCAGACUAGUAAAUAUGACGCGUGAGAUUCGAGAUGUGACCCGGGAUAAGAAGCUCUGGCGGACAUUCUUCAUCUCUCCAGCCAAUAACAUUUGUUUCUAUGGUGAAUGCUCGUACUAUUGCUCCACUGAGCAUGCCCUGUGUGGCAAACCUGACCAGAUUGAGGGCUCAUUGGCUGCCUUUCUGCCUGACUUGGCCCUCGCCAAGCGCAAGACCUGGAGGAACCCCUGGCGUCGCUCAUACCAUAAGCGCAAGAAAGCUGAGUGGGAAGUGGAUCCAGAUUACUGUGAUGAAGUUAAACAGACUCCACCCUACGACCAUGGCUCCCGUCUGCUGGAUAUCAUGGACAUGACCAUUUUUGACUUCCUCAUGGGCAACAUGGACCGUCACCACUAUGAAACUUUUGAGAAGUUUGGGAACGAGACAUUCAUCAUCCAUCUGGACAACGGCAGAGGAUUUGGAAAACACUCACAUGAUGAAAUGUCAAUCUUGGUGCCCUUGACUCAGUGCUGCAGGGUGAGGAGGUCCACCUAUCUGCGGCUUCAGCUGCUGGCUAAGGAGGAGUACCUGCUGAGCUCGCUGAUGGAGGAGUCUCUUUUGCAUGACCGCCUUUCUCCCAUCCUCAUUAGGCCGCACCUGCAGGCCCUGGAUCGACGCCUACGCCUGGCUCUAAACGUUCUGGCCGAAUGUGUGGAAAAAGAGGGCUACAGCGCUGUAGUAGAGGACGACAUGGAGCAUCAUCAUACCUCUCGGGUGAGGUAGUGGAACCCUGACCUACACCAUGAGCAGGCACCUCAUGCUUGAGACGCAUGUUUGAAUUCAGUGAAUUCCAAGAGACUCACCACCAAUGCCUCUGAACUGCCACUCUGCAUACGUAUACACGUCUAGAAUGUCUACAGCUGUCGACCGGACGUCUUCACGCUUACUUCUGCUCCCUACGUACUUUUUAAGACAUUGGACCAGAGGCAUUAGGGAAAAGAGGUCCAUUUGAUUUCUGUUGAUGUUACUCACAAGCACUGGGGAUUGGAUUUUAUGUUCAUUUGAUUUGUUUCUUUUUACCUUUGAGGUCCAAGGCUUACAUUUUAGCCAUGGUGGAAGCUGCAGCACAUAUUGUUUUGUACAUCCUGCUUUUUAUUCCAUGAAUGCUUGUGCAAAACUAAUUUAUUCAAUUUGCAUAUUUUCAGCAUUUUGGUAUAUUAAUAAGAUGGUAGCUGUACAGAGAUGUAUAGUAGAAGCACAAAGAGACUUUUCACCAGUAAUACAGUAAUCGACCUGUUUUGUUUAUUCAGGUUUACCUGCCUGUUAAAGCCUGUUUCUUGAUCCAACUGAUCGGUUCUCUGGAGCAGGUGUGUUAGAUAAGGUUUCAGACUAAAUUCUGUUCAAGGAGCAGAGCUGAUGAUCGCUGUAUUAGGCAACGUAUAGGACUGGAAUAAGAGGUGAACUUUAUUUACUAGUCAGCGUAGGACUGAUAGGUAUAUUUAUGGUUGCCGAUUUAUUUUCUCUGUAGCCGUCUGCGCUCUGUGUGUGAAAUAUUUGCCUAAAGAUGCAUUUAAGCUUUAAGAGUAGUACUGCAGUGCAGUGCUCCUCCUGUGAGGACCUGUAUAUGACGCCUCUCUUCGCUGUGUGUGACAUGAUUUGGUUUUCCUAAACGCUUUCGAAAGCUUACAUAGAUGCAUAGAUGCGUCAGACUGGUGCAAUCCAAUGUUAAGUAUUUUUUUAUUCCAUGUUGUGAACUCUGCACUUCCUCUCUCAUUAGAGUUAUUCAGCACUGGAGUGAGCAUGACAUUUGGGGUUAUUCAAAAGUGCACUCUUGGUAGGAACUUGGUGGAAAAGUGCAGAAUGAAUAUAAUUGGUGUUUUUUGUUUUUGGCACUGCCUCCCAAUCAGCGACACCAUGCUGAACGCACCUGUUUCCCCGGCAUGGGGGACUUCGCCACGGUCAGAUGCUACGCUACCACGGCUUAUUAAUUUCCGUGUCUUUUUUCUGUGCCAUACAUGGGCAAGCUGAUCCUUUUUCACUGGCUGCACUCUCCUUUCUUUUUGCCAUAUAUGAAUUAGUAAGCAGAAUUCACAGCUCUGCAUCAGUGUAUAUAAAGCAUUUGUGUUUUUGUAUGAUUAAACAAAUUAUCUGUAUGCUAAUAUUGUUACUAGACAUUUUUCAGACUAAUGACUACGUCAUAGUCAUUUCAAAUAUUUCAGACUUAUUCAGCAUUACCAAACUUAUACAGGGUUUUUUUUUUUUUGUUUUGUUUUUUUUAUCACUAGUUGAGAACUCUUUCCUAAACUUCAGCCAAAAGGCAAGAGAGUGCCUUUUAUCAUUCCUCAUACUGACAACAAAAAGAUUUGUUCCAUAUUACGUGGAAAGUAUUUCGAGUCACUACGGGCCACAUUCAGAGUUAAGUACAAAUGAAGAGAAAUGCUUGGGAGUUUGAACAAAGGAGCUUGGUCAUGUUUUUUUGCCCCAAACAUCUGGAAAAUAUUAAUAAGUCAAACUAUAAAACACAAAGUAAUAAAGCUUAAUUAAAAAAUUCAA